AUGGCAUCCGAAUCGCUCCAUGAGCACGACGCCGAGAAGGCGGACCACGCCCAACAGGAUCUCAAAAGCGCCGACCCAGAUCCCAAGACAAUCGAGACCCAAGAUGCCGUCCCCGUCAGCUACACCCCGGCCGAAGAGCGGCGCCUCCUCCGGCACCAAGACUUCACCAUCAUCCCGCUCUCCGCCUUCAUCUACUUCCUCUGCAACCUAGACCGAUCCAACAUCGGCAACGCGCGCAUCCUCAACUCCACCACCCACGACGACAUGCAGACCUCCAUCGGCGCCACCCCGCGCGAGUUCAACGUCGCCCUCAUGGUCUUCCUCGUCGGCUACGCCCUCUUCGAAGUCCCCUCCAACGUGCUCCUCAAAAAACUCCGCCCCAGCCGCUGGAUCGCGUUUCUCAUGUUCUCCUGGGGCGCCAUCACCAUGGGCCUGGCCGGCGUGCGGAGUUUCCCCGCUGCGGCGGGGGUGCGGUUCCUCUUGGGCAUGGCCGAGGCCGGGUUGUUCCCCGGGUUGGUGUAUUACCUGACGUUUUGGUACCGGACGGACGAGCGCAGCGUGCGGGUGGCGUUUAUCCUGGCGAGCGCGACGUUGGCGGGUGCGUUUGGUGGUGCGAUUGCGUAUGGGAUCGGGCAUAUGAACCGGGCGCAGGGGCUGCCGGCGUGGAGGUGGUUGUUUUUGAUUGAGGGCGCGCCGUCGUGUGCGUCGGCGGUGUUGGUGUGGUUCUUUUUGCCGGAUUACCCGGAGGAGUUUCUCAAGGGACGGGAGAGGGAGAUUGCGGUGGCGAGGCUGAAGGUGGAAGGGAGUAAGAGUAGUCACUCGAGCAUGACUUGGGCGGAUGCGAAGGCUACGUUGACGGAUUGGCGGUUGUAUGGGCAUUAUUUGAUCUACUUUGGUAUUUCUGUGCCGUUUAGCUCGCUGUCGCUGUUCACGCCGUCUAUCACGGCCGGGCUGAACUAUGUCGAUCUGCAAGCUCAGCUUAUGACGGUGCCCCCGUAUGCUGCGGCCUAUGUGACCCAAAUCCUAGUCUCCUAUUCCGCCGACCACUUCAACGCGCGCGGCCUCCACAGCGCCACCCUCGCCUUCAUCGGCGGCAUCGGUUUCAUGGCCUCCGCCCUGCUCCCCCCCGACGCCUACGUCCACCGCUACGGCUGUCUCAUCGUCGCUUCAGCCGGCUCCUUUGCCUGCAUCCCGCCCAUGUUGGGCUGGCUGACCUCCAACGUGUACUCCACCGCGUCUGUUGGCUUGGCCGUGGCGAUCAAUGUUAGUUUUGGUGCUGGGAUUGGGCAGAUGCCGGGGGUGUGGAUUUAUAAGGAUGAGGAGAAGGCUAGGGGGUUUCCGACGGGGCAUUGGGUUAAUGCGGCUAUGUUGUUUGUGGUGGCCAUUGGGUCGGUUGGGUUAAGGGUGUUGUAUGGGUAUAAGAACCGGAAGCUGGUUAGGGAGAGUGGUGGUCAGGAGGUGCGGUUGUUUAAGUUGUGA